CACGGAUGGCACAGGCAGCCUCCGUUAACUUCUGCUGACAAAGGUAUGCGAAUUGACAGACCACAAUGCCAAAGAAGAAGCCCACGCCCGUCGAAGAGCUCAUCAUACCACCUCAGGACACCAAAAUCUGCGGUACGAUAUGUUUAUGUCAGCUGACUUUGAUUCUGAGCACAGUGGCGAUAGUGUAUCUAACAGUGGCGAUAUAUGUACCAUCGACUCGCGCUAUGCAGUCCGGGAUUUCCGAAACCCCCGUUAUGUGCACCACGACUCGUUCAGUUACCGUCGAGUCCUGCGACUGGGGUUCCUGCGGCGAAUGGUGUCUGAGCAAGACCUCGGGUUCCUGCAUGCAGAUAUACGUUAACCUGAGACGGAACGGCUCCAAUUUGCUGUUGGCCAAUUGCACGAACAUCGCGCAGAAGUUCUGUUAUGGGAAAGACCAAGAAAAUGCCAAGAGAAGUCGGUGCAUCGCCGACGAGUGCAAGAAUUUAACAGGUACGUUCAAUUGCUCAAUGGGUAUGUGCAUAGACAUAACCGACUCCUUCGAAUGCAUAUACAAAGACACCGAUCCUCCUCUGAAAUGUUCGGGAAGACGGGGUAAAAUCACCUGCAUCGAUUUGAACGGUUUGUACAGUUGCAACAGGGGGACAUGUGAAAGGAUUCGCACGCCAUAUAACUGCGACAGACAGUGCGGCGACAUUCCUACGAGGAACAAAAACGUUAUAAUGCUCAGCGGAGAUGAAGUGUAUUUGUCCCAGUGUCAGAGGUGUAUAGACAGUGACACUGGGGAAGAGAUAUGGAACGAAGCACAAGACAACAUAGUGAUGGCCUCUUGUUACAGUAUCUUGAAUACCAGUCGUGGUCUGGAGGCAAUCGACUGCGUGAAUGGUUCUUUACUGGCUAACAACGUUUUAACUGACAUGACAAAUUUCACAUAUUUGAGUUACCUGAGCGUUUUCAACACCGUUCCUUUGGAUGAACGAAUGAUAGUUGCUCCUCCUGAGCCCGAUCUAUUGAUUGCCAAUGAAAGUAAGCUGCUCAUUAAUCUAGAGGGUUGUGUCAAUACCUUGAGGGACGAAUGCAAAGAUUUUCUAAAGGUUUACGGAAAAGACGGGACAGACCACAAUGCAAGAGCGCGCUUUCCGUGCUUUUUCUCAGCCGAUAAUCCUGGAGUGGUCGUGGCGAGAUUCGAUUUGGCUACAACGACUAAACAAUUUCUUAUUGCCUCAGUCCUGCCUUCGGUUCUAUUUGUCGUUUCAUGUCUCACACUAAUUCUCUGCCAACGUACUGUUGUCGUUGGUGAUGAUGCUAAAAUGCGUUUUCAGUGCAUAAAGACCGAGGAAGCAGCCGAAAAAUCUGCGUCUACGAACAACAUGAACGAUAGAGGAGGAGGCAACUCAAUUAUGGCACUUUGAGAUCAAUCACGCAUUCCCCUUCUGCUGGACCGAGACUGAAUCUGUUCCGAAUAAAAAAAAAUUGAAUCCACCUGAUAGGGGAAAGCGUACAUUUUGGAUU